AGUGAGCGUCGCUCGCCGCGUGAAGGUCGGCGUCGUUUGCAGCCGGCGGCGGCGGCGGUAGUUGGCGGAAUGGGACGUCCCAACUCCAACUUCUUUGAAUUUUGAAUAGUCAAAUUCCUCCCCUACACAAAAUCAUCUCCCAUUUGUUGUCAUUAUUCUUUAUUAUUAUUUUUUAUUUUUAAGAAAAAAGGGGAGCCGCCUUCUCUUGACCUUCUCCUCCUUCAAUUCCCUCCACCUGAUUCCCUUCUCGCAUCGCCAUUUCGGUCCGUUGACUCUUGCAGAUUGCGUUGCCCGGAGAGAGGAGGAGGAGGAGGAGGACGGGGGAGAUGAUGGCGGAUGCAUUUCAUCCGCCUCCGUCGGCGGCGGACUCCGGCCACGGCCCCGACGGCGCGGGGUUCCUCCGAGCACACGAGGCCUGGAAGGGCAACAAUGUUUUUGUUCUUCAAGGGAGGCUAAUAUUUGGACCUGAUGCGAGAUCUCUUCUCUUAACCCUACUGCUUAUCAUUGGUCCUGUUGCUGUUUUCUGUAUCUUUGUUGCCAGAAAAUUGAUUCAUGAUUUUCAGCAUCACUUGGGAAUCUUGAUAAUGGUCAUUGUUCUCGUAUUGACCUUAUCUGUUCUGAUUUUCCUGCUGUUGGUAUCAGCAAGAGAUCCUGGUAUAGUUCCUCGUAGUACUCACCCACCAGAUGAGAUUUCUCAAAACGAGGGACACGACUCACGAAUAAAAGAGGUGAUGAUCAAUGGAAUACCAGUGAAGGUCAAAUACUGUGGUACUUGCAUGCUAUUCAGGCCUCCUCGAUCUUCUCACUGUUCAACAUGCAACAACUGUGUUGAAAGAUUUGACCAUCAUUGCCCUUGGGUUGGCCAAUGCAUAGGAUUGCGGAACUACCGAUUCUUCCUCAUGUUCGUUUUCUCUGCAACUCUUCUCUGCCUAUAUAUCUUCAGCUUCUGCUGGGUCUAUAUUGCUAGAAUCAUGGAUGACAAGCAUGUCUCAGUCUGGAGAGCAUUAAUCAAAAGUCCUGCCUCCAUUGUGCUGAUAAUUUACUGUUUCUUAUCAGUUUGGUUUGUUGGAGGCUUGACCGUCUUCCAUCUUUAUCUCAUCAGCACAAACCAGACUACUUAUGAGAACUUCAGGUAUCGCUAUGAUGGACAAGAUAAUCCCUUUAAUAAAGGGGUCUUAGGGAACUUCAAGGAGGUAUUGUUCUCUCCAAUACCUCCAUCAAGGAACAAUUUCAGGGCCAAGAUACCAAAGGAGCCUCAGUUUCCUUCUCGAAGAAUGAAUGGCGGUUUUGCUGGCCAGAAUGGCUCCUUGAAAGAGUUUGUAAAUGUUGACAGAGAGAUCUACAUUAACUAUCGAACAGAACAUGGUGGGGGAUCAAUUUCUGAAUCAGAAAGAGUCAGUAAGGUGAAUUUACCGUACGAGCCUCAAAUUUCACACCUAAUGGAGGAUGGGAUUAUGACUUCUAGGACGAGUGAAGCCCUUGCCAGUACAGAAACGGAGAUGAAUCCAACUGGAGAUAGCGCAAAGGAAGAUAGUAUUAAUUCAUCUGGACAUAGCACAAAUGUAAGGAUUACUGAUGGUGGUUUUGAAAAUGAUCGCGCAUUGAUUGUUUUGCAUCGGAACUUUGAAGGGUGAGUGCAGGCUGGAAUAUGUCUAGUGAAGUUUUUGCAUUGCCGACUGGAGAUGAUGAAAUGGUACAUCAGAGAUUUGGGUACCUUAGGCAGAUUCACGAGACUGUCUGAAUCGGUGAAAUAUCUGUUGCUUUAUAUCAAAGAUAAAAGAAGACGAUGGAGAUGACGAGGAUACUUGUUGUAAAUGUUACUGUAUAUAUGGAUAGGCUGUCAGCUAAGAGCUGCAGUAAGGCGGCCAUCGUAUAUAAUAUACCGAUACAAAAUCCUCUUUGUAAGACUAGUAUCUCUUGAGACAUUGCAUGAUUGUGUAUUCCUUCGAAGCACUCUCUGGUUGUGAGGGUGUGGAGCUCACUUGAGUAGGAUUCUGAGUCAUAGACCAAGCCUUCGCCGCGUUUGCGUUCUUGUCAAGCGUCAACCUCCAUUAUUCAUUCAUGGAUUUCAUGUAUUGCCCUGUUCUUUUUAUUUAUUUGUGUUUCAGAGGUUA